AUGACGGAAGGAGAUGUUUCUGUGCACAAACUUGCUUCAACUCAGGGGAUUUUGCCGAAUGGAAAUUUCAUGGCUGUGAAACUACUAUUCCCCCAAAAGACUUCCAAGGGUUUAGACGAAUUUCUGAAUGAGGUAGUUUUGUUGACAGGAAUGAAGUACAGGAACCUUGUGAAUCGGAAAGGGUGUUGCAUUCGUGAACAACAAAGAUUGUUGGUGUACGAAAUUAUCACCCUUUUCACCUUAUGUUGCCACGAUUUCGUUGGUGAAGGGGGUGCAAACAAGGCCGACUUGAGCUGGCCUGUGCGAUGGAAGAUCGUCUUGGGAGUGGCCCGCGGUCUACAUUACCUCCAUGCACUUGCACAUCCGAGGAUCAUCCAUCGAGACAUCAAAGCCAGCAACAUCUUACUAACCAAGAACUACGACACCAGGAUAGCAGACUUCGGCUUGGCGUUGCUUUUUCCUGAUGAACAGAGUUGUAUAGUGACCAAGCAUGUUGCUGGUACCAAGGGAUACUUGGCACCAGAAUAUGCGUCGUGUGGUCGGUUGAGUGACAAGGUGGACGUUUACAGCUUUGGAGUGCUGUGUUUAGAGAUCGUGAGUGGAAGAAGAAACAUUGAUGAUUCUUAUCCUCCUGGCGAAAUGUAUCGGUCCAAAUUGGUAUGGGAUCUGUAUCGGCAGGGUAAGUUGGUGGACUCGGUGGAUCGUACAAUGAGCCUGCGAGAUGAAGAAAAGGUGGAGGUGCAUCGUGUGAUGAACAUCGCUCUACUUUGCAUCCAAAACGAGGCAGAGGAGCGGCCAAGCAUGGAGCGAGUGGUGGCGAUGUUGCAAGGAGAGAGUGAGGCAGAGGUUGUGGCGCUGAAGCCAGGGAAUGAAGGGAACCUCUUGGAGAGCACCAGGUUGUUUGCCGGUUGCAGUAGUGGCCUUGGGACUGUAAAGGAGGAAGGCGAGUCGUCUUUCAUGGAAUCGUCAAGUGGAGGUGGAAGUCGUUAUGAGAAAGAUAAUUCCACUGGUGCUGUUCUUGAGCUCAGUGAAAUAAGAGUCAGAUGAUUCAUUUAUUUUUGCGACGCUAGAAAAGUGGAAUGCAGCUUGUUGACAGACUUGGGUCGAUAAUAGAUCAAGAUUGUUCGUCAGUGAAGGGACAGAUGUAGUAUUUGUCGAAAGUGAGCCGACGUAGAAGAGGUUUAACUUCAGAUCUUGUUUUCUUCCAUGGUGAGGUUUUCUGUGCAACUUUCGAUCUUGUUGACUUCUUAGCUUGGUCGUGUUCUCUAUGCAACCUAGCAGAAGGAGGACAUGAAUAUAUAAUGCGAUAAGAAUUAGUCUUCUCCCAUCAGA